UGCAGACGGCUUUUUAAUCGCGUCAUCCCGUCAUUGCAAGAGUUUACAUAUUUACUUUACUACCCUCUCACUGGAACUUUAAGCCCUACAUUCGGAGUAAUAGUACAAGUUGUAGGAUUACGUCAGUGCUGUCUGGUGUAACUCUACGCAGUGAACAAAAUAAAAGGUUACAUUACCAAUGUCUAGAAAACCGCAAUCCGUAUCCAAGCGAUGUCUAGUUGUUACCUCGGCAUCAUUAGUUUUCCUACUAACCCUGACCAUUUCUGCGGUGAUUUUGCUAGCAGUUUUCUUAUCUCGAUCAAGUGUCAAGCACGUGACAGCAAAUGCAACCAGUGGAAGUACUGCAGACACGAAAGACGAUAUCUGCAUGACCAAAGAAUGUAUUGCCCUAGCUUCCAGGAUUACCCAGUACAUGGACAGUUCAAUUGAUCCAUGUGAAGACUUCUAUCACUUCUCCUGUAAAGGAUGGAUAGACCAAAAUGUCCUGCCCAGAGAUAGGACAUCCAUGACCAUAACUGACGUCCUCCAGGACAACGCACUGCUCAAACUCAAAAGGCUUUUAGAAGCAGACGACAUGCCACCAGAGCGAGGCUACAUUAUAAAAGCAAAAGAUUUCUACGCCUCAUGCGUGAAUCACGUGCAUGAUACACGUGGUUACAAGCCAUUGGUUGACUUGAUACUAAAAGAUUUCGGGGGAUGGUCUCUGGCAGACGAUCACUGGAACGAAUCCGCAUUUGAUGCAGAGGCCAUGGUAGCACGAGCCAGCAGCCAUUUUGUCAGUACCGUCUGCACUUUCUCUGUCACUGUGGAUUUUAGAGACGACAAAGUCAGGGUUUUAAAGUUAGACCAGCCUACUUUUAUUCUGGGAGAGAGACUCGAGUCUUUGAACAUCUCAAGAAGGAAUUAUUACAGACAAAUUAUGGCCGAAAUGGCCGCCAUGUUCGGUGUGAAAAACGAAACCGUUACAGCUGAACUUAUAGACAAUGUGAUGGAUUUUGAAAAGAAUCUCUCAAUGAUCUCUGCAAUACAGCCUUAUGGUAUUAACAAUCCAUUCACUAUAAGUCAGAUGCAGCAAAGGUACUUAUCAUCUGCUUUUGACUGGAAGAAGUUUUUUGUAACAGUGACGUCCUACCCAGAGAUUGGUAUACAGAAUCUAACAGACAGUGAAAUUAUUUUCAGAGGACCCAACGCUUAUUUUCUAGCUCUUAAAACAUUGCUACUACAAACUUCAAAAAGAACUUUGGCUGAUUUUAUUGUAUGGAGGGUUAUUUUAGCAUACAAGCUAAUUAUAGACUACAACAAUCUAGAUCCUGACAGAUAUAAGUACGUCCCUUGGUUACCAGACAAUGAGAUGGUAUGCUUGGAGACGAUGGCCUUCUAUAACAACAUGAAAUAUGCUACCAACAGCCUGUAUGCCAUCAAUGCACUAGAUGUUGAGGAUAAAAUAUUGGUAUCUGACUUGAUCCAUCGAAUACAAGCAACAUUCAAUGCGACUGUAAACCAAGCAAGCUGGCUAAAUGAUUACGAACGACAAUUCAUGAAAGAAAAGAAUGGGAACAUGAACAUUAGCCUAUUUUAUUGGGAACGUAUGUACAACGCAACUGUACUGGAGGAAUACUAUUAUAACAUGUCAUUCAACCGAGAAACAUUUUUAGAAAAUGUGGCUCUGUUAAACAAGGAAAGUUUCUACGUCAUGCUAAGACAACUCCGACUUGUCAAUCGUAAUGUUUGGAACCUAUUACCCAUUCAAAGCAACGCUUUCUACAACGAGUUUAGAAACAGUAUGGAUUUACCAGAAGGAUAUCUACAACCAAGUAUCUUUGACAGUAACUUUCCAGAUGCCAUCAAUUAUGGAAGUGUAGGAAAUAUAAUAGGACACGAGAUUACUCACGGAUUUGAUUCUAAUGGUAUAAAUUAUGACAAAGACGGCGCAGGAUUUACAUGGAAUCAAUCAUUUACUGACGUGUUCAACAACAGAACCAGAUGUUUCGUUGAUCAGUACAACAGUUUCAUUGUAAAGGGAGUUAAUAAAUCAAUAAAUGGUUUAAACACACUUCUAGAAAAUACGGCAGACAGCGUCGGAUUAAAACUCAGUUUUAAAGCUUAUGAAGAACUAGAAAUGGAAGAUUCCUCGCAAAAGAAAAUUCUACCGGGCAUUAAUUAUACUGAUCAUCAAUUAUUUUUUAUCAGCUACGCUCAGCGACGUUGUACAUUAAUAAAAUCCGAUGAACUGAGUCGUCAACUGGAUAGUUCCUACAGUCCAGACCAAUACAGAGUACUGGGACCACUACAAAAUUCUGUUGACUUUGCCAGAGCUUUUGGUUGUACGGCUGGUGCUUUUAUGAAUCCAGUGAACAAAUGUGUUCUGUUUUAACCAAUCGUGUAUGGACAUCGUGUAGAAUAAGUCAUAAGUCCUGAACAUCGUGUAGAAUAAGUCAUAAGUCCUGAACAUCGUGUAGAAUAAGUCAUAAGUCCUGAACAUCGUGUAGAAUAAGUCAUAAGUCCUGAACAUCGUGUAGAAUAAGUCAUAAGUCCUGAACAUCGUGUAGAAUAAGUCAUAAGUCCUACCAUGUCCUACCUAUGUAAAUAGGAAGACGAAUUCUGUGUUCACUCAUCCAUGAGCUAUGAAUAUAACUGUUGUGAGAGAAGACUGAACGAGUAGGAAAGAUAAAGAUGUUGACAAGUGUGUAGUUUAAAACAAAUACAUGAAUAUGUCAGCUUU